AUGCCAGGCAAUCAAGAAGGUAAAACAGAUCAUCAAACAAAUACUCCCACAUCUGGAUCCAGAUCUCAGGAUAGUGGGUAUGUAUUUGGAGGAAGCUCAAGGUGGGGUGUAAGUGAUCAAGGUGAGGUUAAAUACCCACCUAAAAUCCAAGGCAGUCUUUUUCAGAUCGACAAAAAGAAAAAUACUGAUUCUCAAACAGGCAGUACAACAGAAGUUAAGUCUAAUAGUAAAGAUGAUGAUAUGCAAGAAAAGGAAGACUCUGAUGAUCAAGACACAAAUGAAGGUGCUGAUGGUAAUGAAAAUGAUGUGGACAUGGAGGAUGACAAAAAUGACAAUGAGGAUGAAAAUGAUUCCAACAAAAAAGAUGGAGUGCUUACACGCAAGCAAAAGAAAAAACUAAAAAAGAAAGAAGAGAAAGAGAAGAAAGAGAAAGAUAAUGCACAGGAAAAAAGUAAGAACACUAAAAGGAAUAACAAAAACUCCACACCAGGAACAAGUGGAAGCGGAGGGCGCCAAGAAAAAUACACACAUGUAUUUUUCCAUGUACUUAUUAAUGAAGAUUUCAAGUUCAAUCCAGAGAAACACAAACUUAUUUUGGUUAUGGAAGACCAGCAUGAGAAAUGGCAAAACAUGACAAGAGUUUGCAGAAUGAAAAAGUAAGGAUUUCUUUGUUUGACAAUUUUAUAACU